AAGAGAGACAGCCAUGUCAGAAACGACAAAGCCACAGGAAUUAUCAAACACAUCAAUUUUUUUUCUUCUUUUUUACUUUACUGUACAUUUCCCAACAUUUGGAGGUUGUCUUGGAAACCCACCCUUGAAUCCCUUCAUGGAGACCAACAAAGGGUCUGUCUCAAACUCAAAUCCGUAAGAGCAAGACCAAACAGAAAAAACAAAUAAGAAAAAGUUCCACAACCAAAAAGAAAAACAAAAUUCAGGCAUACAGGAAUAGCUUCGCCCAAUUUCUGUAUGCCACUUUUUCUUCUUUUCUAAUUAAUAUAAUAUCUUGUGGCAAUGAAAGCCAAGAAUCACAUACUGUUUCUUUCUCUUUUGAGCCUCUCUCUUCUCCUCAACGGUAUUCAUGGUACUGGUCAUCAUGGUCCUGGUCAUGGUCAUCAUCGCCUCAAGGCAUUGAUCCUCAACUGUGGCUCUUCCGCCAGCGAGAAAGAUGCCGAUGAACGAACAUGGGAGACCGACGAGAAAUACAUUUUGUCCCCUGAUAAGGGUGUGAUGACCAAGUCUGAUACCCAAGACCCUUCAUUACCUUCUACCGUUCCUUACAUGACCGCCAGGAUUUUCAAAUCCGAGACAGCUUACUUAUUACCCCUCCAGAAUUCAACCUCUCGCACUUUGCUUCGCCUCCAUUUCUAUCCUUCUUCCUAUCCCAAUUUCAACAUAUCCAACUCUUAUUUCUCGGUCACUGCCGGGAGGGUCACUUUGUUGAGCAAUUUUAGCUCAUAUUUGGCUGCCCAAGCACUUUCUCAGGCCUACUUCAUCAAAGAAUACUAUCUGGCUGCAGGCAAAGAUCCCACUCUUACUCUCACCUUCAAGCCAUCUGAUAAAUAUGCUAAUUCUUUCGCCUUUGUGAAUGGCAUUGAGGUCAUUUCUGCGCCUGCUCUUUUUGAUGCGGAUCCCGUUUUGGCUGGCACAGCUGCAGGAUCCAUCAAUGAUGAUCAACAAGCCUCAACGGUGCCCAUCGAGGCCAGCAGCAUGGAAACCAUGUUUAGGUUAAACGUGGGGGGGCAAUAUAUUGCGCCGGCAAACGACUCCGAUGGGCUGAUGCGGAGUUGGUAUGAUGAUACCGUCUACUUAUACGGGGCCUGGUAUGGGGUUGCCACACAAGCCAAUGUAACAGUGAAUUACAAAGGUUUGCCUUCCUAUAUGGCACCAUUAGAUGUUUAUAGGACUUACCGAAGGAUGGGGCCUGAGGCGACUGUAAACUCGGUAGCCAACUUGACAUGGAUUUUCCAAGUGGAUCCUAGUUUCAUGUACCUUCUCAGGUUGCAUUGGUGUGAUUCAGAUAUGACGAGAACCAACCAGAGAGUUUUCGACGUGUUCGUUAAUAACAAAACUGCAGCAAGUGAAAUUGAUGUAUUUGCGUUGACAGGUUCGGUCGCAGCUCCCACCAAGAGGGAUUAUGUAGUUCAUGUCAACAACAACACCGAUCAGCUCUGGCUGGCGCUUCAUCCUUACAAAGCAUCGAAACCUGAAUUUGCUGAUGCCCUUCUCAAUGGAUUAGAAAUAUUCAAGCUCAGUGACAAUGCAAAAUCCAAUCUCGCGGGACCUAACCCUGUCAUGUCAGAUUUGAUGAAGAAAUAUCAGGAUGCUGAAAUGGAGCCAAAGUCUUUCGGAUCUGAUCAGAAAGAAUCAGGAACUUCGACGGUCGUGAUCACCGGAGCAGCAGGAGGAGCCGCCGCAGUUGGGAUAGCAGCCGUUAUAAUUCUGGUGGCCUACAAAAGGAAGAGGAGAGUCCCUGGAGCAGACCCGGCGUCAGGGCCUAGUUGGUUGCCAAUAUCCUGGAAUUCCAGCAAUAAUUCCGCGUCCAAAUCCUCUACAAUGGGCGGCAAAAGUCAAGGCGGCGUCUAUAUUUCAAAUGACGCUGCUAGCAACUGCCGCUACUUCAGCUUAGCGGAGAUCAAGACGGCCACCAAGAAUUUUGACGAGUCGAACGUCAUUGGAGUUGGUGGAUUCGGGAAAGUGUACAAAGGCAUCAUUGACAACGAUACUCAAGUGGCCAUCAAGAGAUCGAACCCGUCUUCGGAGCAAGGAGUGAACGAGUUCCAGACCGAAAUCGAGAUGCUUUCUCAGCUCAGGCACAGGCAUUUGGUGUCGUUGAUCGGAUUUUGUGAAGACAACGGAGAAAUGAUAUUGGUUUAUGAUUACAUGGGAAAGGGAACACUGAGGGAGCAUAUUUACAAGGGAAACAAAACCACCCUCUCCUGGAAGCAGAGGCUGGAGAUUUGCAUCGGGGCGGCCCGCGGCCUCCACUAUCUCCACACGGGUGCAAAGUACACCAUCAUCCAUAGAGAUGUGAAGACCACAAACAUUCUCGUGGACGACAAAUGGGUCGCCAAGGUUUCUGAUUUCGGGCUCUCAAAAACAGGCCCCAACAUGAACAAAGGCCAUGUUAGCACUGUGGUAAAAGGCAGCUUCGGCUACCUAGACCCUGAAUACUUCAGAAGGCAACAAUUAACAGAAAAGUCGGACGUCUAUUCAUUUGGAGUGGUACUCUUCGAGGUACUAUGCGCUAGGCCAGCCCUGAAUCCAAGCCUUCCAAAAGAGCAAGUGAGCCUGGCAGAUUGGGCUCUUCGAUGUGCAAGGAACAAGACUUUGGAAGAUAUCAUUGAUCCUCAACUCAAAGGAAAGAUCAACCCGGAGUGUCUGAAGAAAUUUGCGGAGACAGCAGAGAAAUGCUUGGCGGAUCAUGGGGUCGACCGGCCCACAAUGGGUGACGUGCUUUGGAGCCUGGAAUUGGCACUUCAACUCCAGGAUAACCAUGAAGGGGGAUCUACAACCUCAAGGACGAAAAACAGAAAAAAUAAUCCUGAAAACAGCGAACCAAAAAUGGAUCAGAAUAGCCUCAUCGCCAUGCACCGGAGUACCUUAAGUCUUGGAGACGACGAUGAGGAACACAAGACUAGAACAAGUGACACCACUGAAGAUAUUUUCUCAAUGUUCGUCGAUCAAAAAGGGCGUUGAAUUUAAGAUGGAACUCAGUAGUGCGUAGCUGCCAAAUUAAGUGGAUCUGAGAGGGAAGAUUAGGGUCUAUAUUAUAUUUGUUUGGCAGCAUCAUCAUUAUGCAAUAUGCAUCCUACUUUUGUUCCCAAACACCAAUCCUCUCCAAGGCUACUGAUCAAAGACAAACCUAAUUAUUUACCCAAUUAAUAUGUUAUGUAAUAUGUUACAAUUAUAACUUGUGUUGUCUCUGACCUGAAAUCCUUUCCACCUCUAAAUUAUGCUCAUAUAUAUUCUCAUUCUCAAGAAAUGGAAAGAUUAACCAUUUGUCUC